GGCAGCGGCAGCGGCAGCGUGUGUCCGGCGGCGCCCAUGCGGCUCUGCGGCGAUGCGAGCGGGCUGCGCUCGGCUCCGCUCCCCGCCUAGCCGCCCCGGCCGAGCAUGGGCUGCAUCGGCUCCAAAGGCACCGUCGUGGCUGUGGACACGACUUUGCAUGUGGAGUGGAAUGAGGUGAAGGCCCUGCCUGCCCUCUCGCCCGUGGGGAGCACCAGGACGUCGCUGGUCCACAGGCUGGUUCGGCAGAGCUCAGUGGACAGCCAGGACUCUCUCGAGGUAAAUGUUGAAGACACUGUCGAAAUGUUACCCAAGUCCCGGCGAGCGCUCACAAUCCAGGAGAUCGCUGCCCUCGCCCGGUCCUCCCUGCACGGUAUCUCGCAGGUGGUGAAGGACCAUGUCACCAAGCCCACGGCCAUGGCGCAGGGCAGGGUGGCGCAUCUCAUCGAGUGGAAAGGCUGGUGCAAGCCCACGGACUCCCCGGUGGCUCUGGAGAGCGCCUUCAACUCCUACUCGGACCUGAGCGAAGGGGAGCAGGAGGCCAGAUUCGCAGCAGGUGUGGCCGAGCAGUUUGCCAUUGCUGAAGCCAAGCUGAAGGCCUGGUCCUCCGUGGACGGGGAAGACUCCAACGAUGAAUCCUACGACGAGGACUUUGGGACAAACACCAACAGCACCCAGCCAGCUGAUGCUGCAGGCCAGCUGCCGCCCGGCUCCUUCCUGAAGGAUCUCCUCCACAGCCGCCUGUGCCAGCUCAGCGUCCGGCAGGGCUCCUGCGAGCCCGAGAGCGACUCCUCGCAGACCAUCUCCCCGGAGACCCUGUGCUCCAGUCUGUGCAGCCUGGAGGACAGCCUGCUGCUCAAGGAGCUGGGCUCGCCGGGCGAACUGGCCGCCAAGCUGCUGGGCUCCCUGGCCGGAGGGGAGGAGAUGCUCCUCUCCAAGCUGCCCCCUCAGACUGGAGAAAGUGCCUUCCGGAGCCUGGGACAGCUGGAGUGCCAGGACUCCAUGUACUCCAUGUCCUACACGGAGUCCUGCCUCUCGCCCACGGAGGACGACGGGCUGCCCUGCAAGGACUUCCACACGGCGUGCAAGCUGCACGGGGACAGCUGCGGGGUCAGGAGGAAAGUCUCCGACGUGGCCUCGUCGGGGGUGGUGUCACUGGAUGAGGAAGAGGAGGAGGAGGCUGAAGAGCAGUGAACGGGCUUGGUCUGUGGCAUGCUUCACCUGCCAUCUCUGUCCCACUCCGUGACACCCACCCCCCGGGCCCUGUUCCCAGAACCAUCUGUUCUCCUUGUGGGCGAGUCCUGUCUGGGGAUGGCGUGAGCCUUAGCCGGGCAGGGGAGGAUGGUGGAAGGAAAACCCAGCACCCCCACUGGCGGAGACUGUUGAAGCCUGAGGCCUCGCGGCCGGCCGCCGGCUGGAUUUGCUUGCUGCGUCUCUCUCUCCCCUCGUCUGUUUUUUUGCAUGAGAGUGUUUUGGGGAAAACAAAAAACCCUGAAUCGGAGCCGACUGGACCUGACGCCAUCUGGGACGGUUCUGAGCAUGUCCUGCACCCCACCUCCGAACCCCUGGGGAGGCGCCUUUCGCUGUCCGGGUGGCAUGGCUAGUGCUGGUCUAGCAACACGUGUCUGUUCCUAACGAAGAUUAACCGCCCUGCCCUGGCCCCCCAAGCCCCGGUGCCCAGGCGCACCGUGCUGGGCUGCUCUCUACUUGACUUGGGAGGCCGUUUUUCAACCCUUUGGCACAAAACCAGCUCUUUGCUUUUCUCGUACUGGGUUUUAUAUCGUGAACCGACUCAAGGAGACGGCCGAGGGCAGAGCAGGUUUGUCGGGGCGGAGCUGGACAGGAAUCGCCCUCUCUGCUGGGACUCCCCCCCAGUGGGGGAGGGUGGGACGAGGGGGCACGGGCUGAGCUGGGGGGAGUGCGAGAGCAGAUCUUUUUCUAUAUUUUUGUAUGUUGUCUCUGUGUGGCCCUGGCCGGGAAUGUUGGGGAACGCUCCAGGGAGCCGGGGGGCAGGGACUGGUACCAGCCCGACCUCGGCAAUGAAGUAUUAACUUACCCAUUGGACAGCUUGGCCUCCGGAGAGCUGCCGCCCGGGGCUGGGCAGUGGGGAGAAUUCAUGUUCCUCGUGCUGGAGUCAAUCUGACUGAUCCCAGGGAUGCUUUCUGCAUGCACAGCCACGGGCAUGCACCUGCGCUCCCACACGUGUGCACACAAACGCAUGGGCACACGCAGACCCCCCCUUGCCCCCACUGUUCACGGCGUGCCAUUGAGGGUGCCCAGCAUUUCACAACCCCCAUUCCCGCCCCGGAGAGCUGACCCUCGGCUCCUGCCGCCAGCGCUGAGUUAGGGGCUGGAUCCAAAUGGGCUGUUCUCUGUGUCGGCCGUGGCUGAAAUCUCCUGGGAUUUCAUGCAAAGCCUCGCCCCCCAGCUUGGGCUCAAACCUAGCCCCCAAAUCCAGCCCCGGCAGCCCUUCGGUCUAGCUCUGCGCACCGCUGGGGCGCACACGCAGAUCUGAGCGCACAUGCGUACACGGCAGGGCCAGGCGCCUGCAACGGGCCAGUGGGAAACAAAACCCAAGUCUCAGCUGUGGUGAGUGCACCAGGUCCCUGUCCCCCUCGCUGAGGGGGGAGCCCCCUCCCCUCCGGCAGGGGGGCUCAGGCUGGCUCCCGUGGUUCAGGAAUCCUGAGGCUGGAACCCAGAGGGAAUGCAGGGGCCCGGUGGGGCCCGGGGGGAUCUCAGCCUCGCCCUGCAGGUUCUCCCAUGCUCUCGUGGCUGUGACGGCCCCCCAGCAUUUGCUGCCCCACAUCAGACUGUAGCUCCAACAAGCCAGCAGGCACCAGCCCCUGAUGUUUCAGAGGACUGGGUUCCUUCACUCAGGCGCUAAAUGGUGCCACAUGUGACCCUGGGAGACCUCGGGCAUCAGAGCCCCCGCACUGUGCAUGUGCCCACAGCCUGGGGAGAAAGGGCAAAGCCGGGUGGGGUGAGGGGGGACAGCGUGGCAGCCACCCCCAAACUGGGCUUGUUCAUGGUUAAGGGAUCCUGCAGCUUUAAGGGCCCUGCUUGGCGGCUAGCUCGCUAGGAAGGGAGGGCAGCGUCCCUGGGCCUGUGUGGGUGCCCUGGGGGAGGAGGGGUCUGGACCAUGCCCUGCAGGGGCAGCACCCAGGCACUGCCAGCUGGCGAAAGAGUGGCUGGGUCCUGCUGGGGCUGCUCGCCCUGCACUGCUCCCAGCCCCGAUCCCCAGGGACAGGGAAGGGCCCCAAGCAAGGGGGCUCCCAUGGGCAGCUGUGAGAGCCGCAGCUCCUGCCCCUCCUACUCCAGCUGCUCCAGCCAAACCCUGGGCCCUAGGGAGCCCCAGCACCCAUGGCCAGCCUGGGCAGUCCUAGGCCCUGGUGUGUUUGGCCUGGCCACUCUCCCCGCCCAGGCUAUGGCCUCCCCCAUGCACCCAAUGGCUUGUGUUCCCCUCCCGCCAGAAACUAUGACUUGUCCCCUCCCCCGCCCCCCACUGGCCUGUUCUGCCCUCCCACACAUACACAAUGGCCUGUCAUUCCCUCCCCCCAUGGCCUCCCCCACGCACCCAAUGGCUUGUGUCCCCCCAGCCCCAACAAGCUAUGGCUUGUCCUGUUACCUCCCCCCCCACAAUGGCCUGUCCUGUGUCCCCAUGCCACAGUGGGUUGUUUCCCUCUCCCACACACAAAAUUGCCUGGCCAUUCCCCCCCCCCCACUAGCCUGUUCCCUCUCCUCCCCCCCCCACACUGACCUGCCCCAUUCCCCCUCACACACACUCUAUGGCCGGUUAUCUCCCCCCUCCAUGGCCUGGUGCACCCUGGCCAGUUCUAGUGUCUGCUGUGCUCUGUUUACCAAUGCAAUUCAUUAGAGCAACAGGUGUGCCACCCGUCAGGCACCCGGGGGACCCUCUCCUCCCCAGUCCCUGACCCCCCCCACUUCACGCACUGCCCUGCGGCCCCCAAAUCUGCCGAACACUCCUCCCCCAGGAGCGGGACCUGGGUGCAGGGAGCCCCUAAGAAAUGCUGCAGGCUGGGGCCCCGUGCACACCUUGCGCUGCCCCCGGCUCCCCGGGAGCUCCCAGCAGGGCCUGCCCCCUCCUGCUUUACUGGAAUUCAACCAGCAGAUCAAGUGCCUAAACUAGGGUUCAGGCCCGGCCCGUGGAGCUCCGAGGAACUGACUCCAGGCAAGGGGAGGUGGCAUCUGACCCCAGGGCUCGGCCCACUCCCCAACCUGGCUCUCGAGCACCCAGUCUGUGCCUGCGCCUUGGCAGAGCGUCUGCCUGCCUGGAGAUGCCUGCUGGAUGCUGAGUAGCUCUGGGCAUGGCCCGGGACUGCCCCAGUCUCUGGCCAGUGCGUCUGCUCAGGGUCCGGGAUGGGGAGUGAAUGGGGGUCAAGAUGCCACCUCCCUGCAGAGAAGCGGGGGGUGGGAGGGUGUUAGCAGGCUCUUGGGCCAGAGAGUCAGUUUUUGGGCUCCAGGAACAAAGCCAAAAGUGGCUCCUGCCGCACUGUGCUGGGAAGCUGCCUGUCCCAGGGAGGCGGGCGGCGCCGUUGUCCCGUCUAGGCCAUGGGCCUGAGGAGGAAACGUGCCCCUCGUUGGAGAGCGGAUGCUGCUCCCCUAAGGCACCAGUGACUUUCCAGCCGGGUGACAUGGGGCCAAACCUGCUUCCGCCCGCGGGCACGCGGAUUGCUCACAACCCAGGGGCAGGCAGCGGGGCCUGAGGGCUCGGGGACGGGCUCCCAGAAUGGCUGGCACAGGCUUAGCGCUUGCAGUGACCUUGUAGCAGACAGCAACGGGACAUGGCAUUAGGUUUUCUCCACUGUGCAUGGUGGUUUGUUAUUGUAGGGUCGCAUGAGUGCUGUGGGCUGUGCAUGCCGCUGUAUCAUGACAGGGUUGCUUGAGAGCACUGGCCCAUGCAUGCUGCUUUGUUAUUGUAGGGUUGCUGAUGGGUGCUGGGCUGAGCAUGCUGGCUUGUUACUGUAGGGUUGCUUGCACGAGGUCUGAGUCAAAGCCCUUUCAAGUCACUGGAAUGGCUCCCCCAGGCUGUGGGUCAGGCCCAGAGGUGAGCACAAGGGAGCUCUGUGCCUUCUCGGGCUUGGUCGUCUGCGAGCCCCAGCCACGUACCUACACCCCUGACGGGCUGGGCUGGAAGCUUCUCCCCAGGCGCCGCUGGCCGUGGCAGCUGCUGCCUGAGUGGGUGGCGCGUUGGGCUGGUAGAUCUCAGUUCUCAGGGUGUGUGGGGGGAGGUGGUUCUCCUCGCUGGGCAUGGUGGGGCAGGGAGAGCAACUGGCUCUUUAACUCAGCCAGGGAACCCCAGGAUUUGGGGGAGGAAGGGGAAACUGCCCUGCUCCUCCCCCACCCUCUGUCAAGGACCCCUUCAAUCUUCCCUCCCAUUGGAGCCAGUGGGACCCCCCCUGGGAGACCUGGGGCAGGCUACAGUCUAUAUGGGCCCUUGGCAGCAGUCUCUCCUGGGCCACUCCCCACCCCCCGUCUCCCUAGGCCCCACUGUGCCCCACACCGGCAGUGCCCACAGGCUGCUCCCCACUGCUGUUGUCGGGCAGCCCCCGAGCAAUGAGUCUGAGUCUGGUCCCAGCAGGGAGCAGGUGUUUGCAUCACCCCCCCCCCACACACACACACUCACGUCACAGACUCUGCCCCCCUUGUGGACAGGCCGCGGGUUCCCCGCCCUCUGAGGGACCACAACCUCCCUCGCUCUGGGAGACACUGGCAGGUGGGCUCCCCAGGGCAGUGCUGGCACACAGCUGGGCACUGCCUGCAGGGGUCUGAAACGCCCCCUCCCCCAGGAACAUACGGCAGCUCCGCCAGCCCCUGCUCCCGGCUCGGAGCGGGCGACAGUGGCCCCGGGCCGGCAUGCAAGAGGCUCACACACUGCAGCCGUGGGGCAGCGGCGGUGGGCGACCACGCUGGCUCGCUAGUCCCUCCCAUCCGAGAGACUUUGGGCACAUUCACAAACACGCCCACGUUAACCCCGCCCGUGCCGUGGGCAAAACCCCCUUAUGACCGCUGGGGAAACAGCGGCACAGGGAGGGGACGGCCCAGAGCCUUAAAGGUAUUUAGGCACUGAACGCCCAUUGAUUUCAAUGGGAGCUAGUCUCCUUCAUACCCUGGAGGAGCUGUGCUGAAGUGGCUUGACCAAAUGAGGAUUCCCCCCUCGACAUCUACCCUACCCAUUGUAGCACGCUGUCUCUCCUAAGGAGCCUGGCUCACAGAGGGGCUCCCCCCACCACCCCGGACAGCCCCACAGAACCUAAUAAUGCAGCAUCUGGAAGGGAAAGGAAAAUCGGAGGGGUUGGCUAGCAGCACUCGGCAAUUACUAGUCCCUGGGCCUGCGGCAGGAGCGGGUGACUCCAAUUGUACUUCACCGGAAGGGGCUGUGCAGGUGUGUGGCGGUGUGGUGUGCAUGUGUGUGUGCGCGUGUUGCCCACAUACAGGUGGGUGCGUGUGCACACACCUGUGAGGGGUGUGUGCGUAAGCACAUGAAUGUUGGGGGGGGAGAUGUGUGUGUGCAUGGAGGUGAGGCGUGGGUGUCCAUGUCCAUGCACAAAUGUGA